AUGGGGUCCUACGCUGAGUCUGCUGUCCCAACUGGGCAGAACAAUUGGUGGAAAGAAGCUACGGUGUACCAAGUUUAUCCGGCUUCAUUCAAGGACUCAAAUGGUGAUGGCUGGGGUGACAUUCCCGGGGUCAUCGAGAAGAUCCCCUACCUUCACUCGCUGGGAGUCGACGUCGUCUGGCUGUCUCCCAUGUAUGACUCGCCCAUGCUCGACAUGGGCUACGACGUUUCCGACUACGAGAAGGUGCUGCCUGCCUACGGUACCGUCGAGGACGUAGAAAAGCUCGUCCAAGCCUGCCAUGAGCGCGGCAUGAAACUCCUGCUGGACCUCGUCAUCAACCACACCAGCGAUCAGCACCGGUGGUUCCAAGAGAGUCGCAGCAGCAAGGACAGCGAGAAACGCGACUGGUAUUUCUGGCGACCGCCACGAUAUGAUGCGAACGGCAAUCGCCAGCCUCCGUCGAACUAUCGCGGGUACUUUGCAGGGAGUACAUGGACCUGGGACGAGCACACGCAGGAAUAUUAUUUGCAUCUGUAUGCCAAGGAGCAGCCAGACCUGAACUGGGACAACGAAGCCACGCGGAAGGCCAUCUACGACAGCGCCAUCCGCUUCUGGCUGGACAAGGGCAUCGACGGGUUCCGCGUGGACACAGUCAACAAGUACAGCAAACAUACCGAUUUCCCCGACGCCCCCAUCACCGAUCCCAACAGCGACAUCCAGCCUGCCGUGUGGAUGUGGUGCAACGGGCCGCGCAUCCACGAGUUCAUCCGCGAGAUGCACGACGACGUGUUGCAGCCCUACGGGGACGUGGUGACGAUCGGCGAGCUGGCCAACACGCCGAAUCCCCGCGACGUCCUGGACUAUGUUGGGGCCUCUGCAAAGGAGCUGAGUAUGGUCUUUCACCUCGAUAUAGGACACAUCGGCAUGGGCAGCCUGGAAGACAAGUACAUAUUUCACCCCUGGAAGUUAACCCAAAUUAAAACGAUCGUGUCCAAGUGGCAAUCGUUUAUCGAAGGUACCGAUGGCUGGACCACCGCUUUUUGCGAAAACCAUGACAAUGGGCGAUCCGUAUCGCGGUUUUGCAACGAUGCGCCCGAGCAUCGUGCUCGUUCCGCCACGAUGCUGGCGAUUAUGAUGAUUGCCAUGACCGGCACGCUCUUCCUCUAUCAGGGUCAAGAGAUCGGCAUGAUCAACGCACCCCGCGACUGGUCUGUGGAGGAAUACAAGGACAUCGAGGGGAGAGGAUAUUAUCAAGAGGCCGAGGGAAAUCCCACGCGCCAACCUCAGAUCAUGGAGGGAUUGCGCAUUCUUGCCCGCGACCACGCGCGUCUGCCCAUGCAGUGGGAUGCUUCACCACAUGCAGGGUUCACAACGGGGAAACCAUGGAUGCGACCACACGAUCUUUAUCCAGAAAUCAAUGUACAGCGCCAGCAGGACGACCCCGACAGUGUACUUUCCUUCUGGAAGAAAGUGCUGCAACUUCGCAAGGAGUAUCGGGAUCUCUUCAUUCAUGGAUCGUUUGAGACGGUGGACUUCGACAAUCAGCAUACAUUCUGCUUCGUCAAGUCGAGGGGUGAGAAGAAAGCACUCGUCACUCUGAAUUUCAGCGACUCAAGGCAACCAUUGGAGCCAUCAAUAACGGGAAUGAAGUUGUUGGUGAGUAACUACGCAGACAGAGAUUCGGCUCUGUCAGGCAUCUCGUCGGAGUUCCUUCAGCCAUAUGAAGGUAGAAUCUACAUCAGCUUCUAG